CAGCCGCUCCGCCCAGGACGGGACGACGACAACGACGACGAGGAGGAAGAGCGCCGGGAGAGCCGGAGCCGCGGUGGCCAGAGGGACGGAUGGGGGGCUCGGACAGCCGCCUGCCCCGCGACCUGCUGGGCGAGUACCAGGAGCUGACCUUCCUGAGCAAGCAGGAGAUCCUGCUCGCCCACAAGCGCUUCUGCCAGCUGCUGCCCCGGGAGGCGCGCGCCCAGGCCCUGAAGACGCGCGUGCCCGAGAGCCGCCUGCUGGCGCUGCCCGAGCUGCGGGCGAACCCCUUCCGGCACCGGAUCUGCCGCAUCUUCUCCACGGCGGAGCCCGGCGAGGACGCGCUCUCCUUCGAGGACUUCCUGGACCUGCUGAGCGUCUUCAGCGACUCGGCCACCCCCGAAGUCAAGUCGCAUUACGCCUUCCGCCUCUUCGAUUUCGAUGAUGACGGCACUCUAGACAAGAAGGACUUGGAGAAAUUGGUGAACUCCCUGACGGGAGAAGGAGAAGACAGCAGGCUGAGCUUGCUGGAGAUGGAGCAGCUCAUCCAGAACAUCUUGGAGGAAUCGGAUAUUGACAAAGAUGGGACUAUCAACCUCUCCGAGUUCCAGCAUAUCAUUUCCCGCUCUCCAGACUUCACCAGCUCCUUCAAGAUCGUGCUGUGAUUCUUUUCUUCCCCAACUUGCUAGAAGAUUCCACAUCUCAGAAAGUGGCUCCUUUUUCUCAGAGCACACAGGAACCCCAAGUAGCUCGACCCCACCGAGCUCUUAGAGCCACUUCAACCAUGGCCUUGCGGGCACCUCCACCAGCGGGUGCUUCUAUCGGGAGGGCUGGGGCAAGGACCCAGGGAGCUGGGGCUGGUAUUCUCUGCUUCUGUCUUGCUUGGCAGUUCUGUGCAAUGGCUUGGGGUGGCAAGGGCAAAUUGGGACAGGGCUUUGACGUCGCUCCUGCUGCUUUCUGGUGGAGUAAUGGACCCUCUUCCAAUUAAACCCUGCUGGGCGCAUUGGGAGGUCCGACUCACUGGACCAUUUUUCUUCCUUUCUGAGUGUUGGGGAAGAGCACUGGCCAUAAGCCAGCCUCUUGAGUUUGAUGAAUAGUCGUGACAUGACUUUGAUUUCUACACUUUGCAAAAUAAAACUCAACGAACUCA